CCUGCUGUUCCAUGCCUCGAAAGGGAGCCCAGGUGACUGCAGCUUCAUCCUGCCAGAAGCGCCCUUCCUGUUGGUUUAACUCUCAGGGGAAGCACAAAUCCAGCAGUCUCUACACCCUGCGUUCCUCACGGGACACGGCUUCUGACUGGUCCUGCAAUUCCAGGCCCUGCAUGAGGCAACCCUUUCACAGGCCUGCAGCUCCCUGGCUGGGGGAAGCCCAGCAAACUGCAGCUACGACCGUUUGGGUCUCCUUCCUGGCGCUCCCUCCUGGGGGUGCCUGUUGGUCUACAUCCAGAGCCUCUCUGGGUCUUGCGUAGGAUGCCCCCUCCCGGCGGAUUUUGUUGCCCCACGUCCUCAGUGGAAAGCCUCUUUCUCAGAGAGCGCCUUGUCUGGCAGGCGCCUUGCUUCCGGCUCGGGGUGCGGUCUCUUUCCCCGCAGAGCCGUCCUCUGGGCCUCUGUCCUUAGUGCUGCCACCACUUCUCUCCCGAUCUCCCGCCCGCGCCCGGCGUGGGGCGCCCCCUCUCCCGGGGAGGUCGGGCGCCAGAACAGUGUCGCCGGCUGCCUGCAGGUGUCUCCCCACGGAGGGGCGCGCGUCCCUGCGCCGUGGCUGCUGUCAGGCGCCAGCGGCUCCUCGCCGAGGUGCACUCUCGCUCCGGGCUCCGGGCGCGCCGGAGCCGCUCCGCCGCCGCCGCCCGCCUCCCGUGCCCCCCGCGCGCCCCCAGCCCGGGGGGGCCAUGGGCCCGCGCCGCGUCCGCCUCCGCCGAUCGCAGGCGCCCGAGCCCCGGGGCGCGGCGAGCAGCGACCGCUGACGCGGGGCGCCGGCUGCCAACUUCGCGCGCGGAGCUCUCCGGCGGCGUGGUCCCGGCGGCGCGGGCGGCAUGAAGACGAGCCGCCGCGGCCGAGCGCUCCUGGCUGUGGCCCUGAACCUGCUGGCGCUGCUCUUCGCCACCACCUCCUUCCUCACCACGCACUGGUGCCAGGGCACGCAGAGGGUGCCCAAGCCCGGCUGCGGCCAGGGCGGGCGCGCCAACUGCCCCAACUCAGGCGCCAACGCCACGGCCAACGGCACCGCCGCCCCCGCCGCCGCCGCCGCCGCCGGGAACGACCCCCCUGGCGGCGAGCUCUACAGCUGGGAGACGGGAGACGACCGCUUCCUCUUCAGGAAUUUCCACACUGGCAUCUGGUAUUCGUGCGAGGAGGAGCUCAGCGGGCUCGGUGAAAAGUGUCGCAGCUUCAUUGACCUGGCACCGGCAUCAGAGAAAGGGGUCCUGUGGCUGUCAGUGGUCUCCGAGGUGCUCUAUAUCCUGCUGCUGGUGGUUGGCUUCAGCCUCAUGUGUCUCGAGCUCUUCCAUUCCAGCAAUGUCAUCGACGGGCUCAAGCUCAACGCGUUUGCAGCCAUCUUCACGGUGCUUUCCGGCCUCCUGGGAAUGGUAGCCCACAUGAUGUACACGCAGGUGUUCCAGGUCACCGUGAGCCUUGGCCCUGAAGACUGGAGACCCCAUUCCUGGGACUACGGGUGGUCCUUCUGCCUGGCGUGGGGCUCCUUUACAUGCUGCAUGGCAGCCUCUGUCACCACACUCAACUCCUACACCAAGACGGUCAUUGAGUUCCGGCACAAGCGCAAGGUCUUCGAGCAGGGCUACCGGGAGGAGCCGACCUUCAUAGACCCUGAGGCCAUCAAGUACUUCCGGGAGAGGACACCAGCCACGCAUGGGAGAUUCCUGGCCCCGGAGCUCUGCCCAGGAGGUGCCAGAGCUGAACCGCCAGUGCUGGGUCCUGGGGCACUGGGUGUGACUGAGGCCUGGCCUGACCCCCAGACCUCAGGCUGUCGUUGGCCCCAGCCCCUGCGACAGGACCACCGGUUGGCACCCCCAGAAGCCUGGCCUGUGUGCUGUGAACUCAGCUGACCUGUGUGGGACACAACAGACCUGUAGCCUGGGUCUCAGGCUCCUGGAACAGGGACCAGGGUGGCCCGAGGGAAUGCACAGGGCUGCACAAAGGGACUUUGGGACAGCAGCUUCUAGUUCUCACCACCAUCACAUGCAGAGCCCUUCUGGGGGCAGUGGGGAUGCCAGGAAAGACAGACAUCAGCCACGGAAAGCCUGGGGACCCACGAGCCAGCCAGGAGGUUCAGGAGGUGCCCAGUGGUGCAGGGCCCUGCUCGGGGCAGGGAGUGGGGGCCCUGAAGGAGGGACAAGGCCCCAGCACUGUGGUGGGAGACACACAGCGGGCACACAGCAAGGGCUCAAUAAAUCCUUGUUGAACCUAA